AUGGUUCUGCACACAUCCCCCUACCCAAGUGCCUUUCUAAGUUUUCUCAACAACCUGUCCUGGGCCUUGGUUUUCCCCUGUUACUGGAUGCUGGACAGGCUCAUGGCCUCAUGUGUGGCCACGUCACUUGAAAAGCGAAGGCGCUCACAGGACCCCUGCUCCUUUCUGGCUCUAGGGAUGUUAAUUUCUACACCGCUGUACCUAGUACUGCUCCUGGCCUCACUACCGUUUGCCCUGCUGGGAUUCCUGGUCUGGGCACCUCUGCAGGCAUCCCGCCACCCAUAUAUCUACUCAUACCACAAACCAGACAAAAAUCAGGCCGAGCAUGGUAACGUUGCAGGAUCUGGGGCAGGGAUUCGUGAAUGGCGCCCACAAGGCCGCAGUUUCUGCUUCGGCAGUGCCAACGUGUGCCUUCUUCCGGACUCGCUGGCUCGCUUCAACAACUUGGCAGACACGCAGCGCAGGGCGCGAGAGGUGGGCAAGCGCAUCCGUAACGGUGCGAGCCGACCACAGAUCAAGAUCUACAUUGAUUCUCCUACGAACACCUCAAUUAGCGCUGCAUCCUUCUGCAGCGUGGCCACGCAAGGCUUCCGACGUACAUCCUCAUUAGACCAGCGUCCUGAACCAGCAACAGUAAGUGAUGGUGACAGUGAUCCUGUUGCAGAGUGUCCUGUGCAUUCAUCAGGUGGAACAAGUUCGGAUUGCCCCGUCCAUAACACCCAAAGUGUUCCUGAAUGUCCCUUGCACACUAAUGGCGAAGAAGCAUCUUCAGAUUGUCCAAUCCACCAACCAGCAGAUAUGCAGGCAUCCAGUGAUUGUCCAGUCCACUCCACCACAGUGGUCACAAACUCAGAAGAAUGUCCCUUGCAUCCGUCUGGGGUCCAAAUCAGCAUCACAUCGCCUGACCCUGAACCUUCUGAGGCCGAAUUCCGAAAUCAUCGGUCCAGUGAGGGAGACAUAGGCAGCUUGCAAAGUCGCACUGCCUCCCGCGAGUCUUUGACCCGUUUCCAUGGUGCCACAGAUGGGGGAAUACCAUCCAAUAAUACACUCUCACAGCACCGUGCCUCUUUCUUCAAAAGGCCUGUUGGCCGCAAACGUCGACAUGGGGACGAUGGCUUUGACCACGAGAUCUCAGCCUUUUUUCCUGCCAAUUUGGAUUUCCUGUGCCUGCAGGAAGUGUUUGACAGACGGGCAUCGGAACGACUUUGCUGUCAGCUGCACCGCUACUUCCCAUAUGUCCUGAGUGACGUGGGACGCUACGGCUGGAAGGGUUGCUGCUCAAGAUUCAAGUUCCUAAACAGUGGCCUCGUCCUGGCCAGCCGCUACCCCAUCCUGGAUGCACAUUUCGAGUGUUAUCCCAAUGGCCGUGCGGAGGAUGCACUUGCUUCCAAAGGUGUUCUCUAUGCCAAGGUCCAGGUGGGCACCUCGCAUCAGGAACAGAGGAUUGUAGGGUACAUCGCCUGCACCCACCUUCACGCUGUCGAAGGCGAUGCGUCCGUGCGUUGCGAGCAGUUAGAUCUGCUCCUGCAGUGGGGCGCUGAGUUUAGGAGGGCCACGUCUCAAUCCGCAGGUCAGGAGAAAGGUAUGGAGGACCAGGUGGCCUUCGACGUCAUCCUCGGAGACCUGAACUUCGAUAACUGCUCCUCAGAGGAUAAGUUGGAGCAGCAGCACGCUAUAUUUACUCAGUACAGAGAUCCGUGUCGUCUGGGGCCUGGAGAGGACAAACCGUGGGCUUUGGGUACCCUGCUGGACACGAGUGGUUUGUAUGAUGAAGAAGUCAGCUCGCCAGAGAGUCUACAAAAGGUUAUGGAGAAUGAAGAAGGCAGAAAGGAGUACUUGGUUUUCCCAGCGAGUAAGAACCAGUGUCCAAGUCAGAAGGGACGUAAGAUCCCGCUGAAGGGAAAUGGACGCAGGAUCGACUACAUCCUGUACAGAGAGGAAGGCGUGUACGCCGACUGGAAAGUGGACAUUGAGGAGUUCAGUUUCAUCACUCAGCUGGCCGGACUGACCGAUCACCUCUCUGUGGCAGCGCGACUUGCCGUGUCUACAGGGGAGGAAGAGUCAUAAAUCCGGCUUCCUGUUACACAAUGCCACGGACAGAGCGAGAGAGAGCGAGAGAGAGAAAGCAGAACUAAAUCCUUCCCAACUGCGGAAUGGAAAGGAAAAUAAGUGUGUGACGUUUUAAAUCUUGCCUCAUCCUCAUCAGUGACAGCAUGGAGGCACGGCAUCAAACACAAACACCCACAUACACUCACGCUCACCCACAUAUACACCCACACACACACACACACACACACACACACAAAACACUGAUGGGCACACUGUCCUCUGUUUUACCCAGAGACACACGGUGAUCUCACUCUCUCACUUCCUCUUUUGGGUAUCUCUACAUUCACACUCGAGAGUGAGAGUUUACGUCCUUAUCGUGCUUUAUCA